AUGUUCCGCGCGGCGCUCGGUCCCCGGCACUUGUUGCUGCCGCCGUCGCACUACACCGCCGGCCAGCGCCGUCGUUUCGAACCGGAACGCGUUAUCGCCCGGCCCGGAACUGCGGAUUUUCGCGAGAAUUCUGAAAUUCCGUUUUGCCAACGUACGUCCUCGGCGCCUUUGCUCCUUAGCGCCGCUGUUUAUUUCUCGAUCCUGCUGUCGACUUGUUCCGAUGUUCUCCUAUCACAGCCACGUCUCCUCGCGUCUUGUCCCCGCGCGCUUCCGGGAUGGGGCAAUCCGCCCACGUUUAGAACGCCUCGUGCUGUUCGAUAG